GGGUGUGAGCGCGCGUGGGCGCCCGCCGAGCCGGGGCCAUGGUGCAGCAAACCAACAACGCCGAGAACACCGAGGCGCUGCUGGCCGGCGAGAGCUCGGACUCGGGCGCCGGCCUGGAGCUGGGCAUCGCCUCGUCGCCCACGCCCGGCUCCACCGCCUCCACGGGCGGCAAGGCCGACGACCCGAGCUGGUGCAAGACGCCGAGCGGGCACAUCAAGCGGCCCAUGAACGCCUUCAUGGUGUGGUCGCAGAUCGAGCGGCGCAAGAUCAUGGAGCAGUCGCCCGACAUGCACAACGCCGAGAUCUCCAAGCGGCUGGGCAAACGCUGGAAGCUGCUCAAAGACAGCGACAAGAUCCCUUUCAUUCGGGAGGCGGAGCGGCUGCGCCUCAAGCACAUGGCCGACUACCCCGACUACAAGUACCGGCCCAGGAAGAAGGUGAAGUCCGGCAACGCCAACGCCGGCGCCUCGGCCAACGCCGCCGCCUCCAAGCCGGGGGACAAGGCCGACAAGGUCGGGGGCAGCGGGGGCGGCCACGGGGGCAGCGCCGGGGGCGGCGGCGGCGGCGCGGGGGGAGGAGGCGGCGGCGCGAGCGGCGGCGGCGCCAACUCCAAACCGGCGCAGAAGAAGAGCUGCGGCUCCAAGGCGGCGGGCGGCGCGGGCGGCGGGGUCGGCAAGCCGCACGCCAAGCUCGUCCUGGCGGCCGGCGGCAAGGCGGCGGCGGCGGCCGCGGCCUUCGCGGCCGAGCAGGCGGGCGCCGCCGCGCUGCUGCCCCUGGGCGCCGCGGCCGCCGACCACCACUCGCUCUACAAGGCGCGGACUCCCGGCGCCUCGGCCUCGGCCGCGGCCUCGGCGGCGGCGGCGGCGGCCGCGGCCUCCGCGGCCCUCGCGCCGCCCGCCAAGCACCUACCGGAGAAGAAGGUCAAGCGCGUCUACCUGUUCGGCGGCCUGGGCGCGGCGGCCGCGUCGCCCGCGGGUGGCGUCAGCGCGGGCGCCGACCCCAGCGACCCCCUGGGCCUGUACGAGGACGGCGGCGCGGGCGGCGCGCCCGACGGCCCGAGCCUGAGCGGUCGCAGCAGCGCCGCGUCGUCGCCCGCCGCCGGCCACUCGCCCGCCGACCACCGCAGCUACGCCAGCCUGCGCGCCGCGUCGCCCGCGCCGUCCAGCGCGCCGUCGCACGCGUCGUCGUCGUCGGCCUCGUCGCACUCGUCGUCGUCGUCCGCGUCGUCCUCGGCCGGGUCCUCGUCGUCCGACGACGAGUUCGAAGACGACCUGCUCGACCUGCACCCCAGCCCCAACUUCGAGAGCAUGUCGCUGGGCAGCUUCAGCUCGUCGUCGGCGCUGGACCGGGACCUGGAUUUUAACUUCGAGCCCGGCUCCGGCUCGCACUUCGAGUUCCCGGACUACUGCACGCCCGAGGUGAGCGAGAUGAUCUCGGGAGACUGGCUCGAGUCCAGCAUCUCCAACCUGGUCUUCACCUACUGAGGGCCGCGGCCGGGGGGCGAGCGGGCCGGGGCCAGCGAGGAGACCCCGAGAGAGAGAGAGAGAGAGAGACCCAGAGAGAGAGAGGAGUGAGCAGACGAAGAGUGGAAAGAGAGAAAAAGGGAGAAAAGCAAGAAAGAAAAAGAAAAAAAAAAAGAAAAGGCAAAAAAAUGAAAAAAAGAAAAAAAAAAAAAGAAAAAGGAGGGAGCAGGGCCGGCCUCGGCCGCGUCCCCGUCGACGGAGCAGGAGCGCGGCGGCGUUGUUGGGGGGCCCGCGCCCCCAUCCCCCACCCCGCCCCGGGCCCGAGGGCAGACCGGGGCGACCUUUUAUUGUUGUUCUUGAUGUUGUUGUUGAUGGCGAAAAAGCUACUUCGAGUUUCCGCCCCUUUGCUUGAAGAGGUCCCCCCCACCCCCAUUUCCAGCGAGCUUCCGGACUUGUCUGCACCCCCCUCUCCGGCCUGAAGCCGAAGGGGUAGUUUUUCUAGAGACUGAAGGAAUCUCGUCCCUCUCUCAUCGCCCCCCGCCCCCACCCUUGGUGUUUUGCUUUGUUUUGUUUUUGCUUCUAUUUUAUUUUCUUUCUUGGUGGCGAGAGGAAGAAAAGGAAAAAAAAAAAAAUCCAUCGCGCCCCUGGGGAUUUUGUGCUCAAGCAUCCCCGCCCGCCCCCCACCCCCUUCUUUUUUGCCAAGAAAGAUGGAAAAGAGGCCGCGGGGCGACGGAAUUGACCGACGGCAGAUGUUGCGAGGUGGUGCAGGCUGCAGCGCCGGGACUGAGAGACUCCACGCUGGUGAAUGCCCGUUUUCAUACGCCCCCACCCCCACUUUUUUCCCUUUUUCCUUUGCUUUUCCUUUGCUUUGCUUGCUUUCCUUUUUUUUUUUCUUUUAAUUCUUGCUCCUGCAGCCGGAGUAGGAGAUGUUGCGUGACCGGCGCUAGGAAAUGACCUGAGAACCUAGUUGGAAGCCACACCAGCCAGGGCGAGGGGCGGGGGACAGAAGGACGCGAACUGGAAGGGGGCUCAGAAUA